GUUGUUUUACGGAAUCGAACGAGAGUUCGUUUAAUUCCUAAGUACCAAAGUUUAAUUGUAAUGAAUAAUGUUCUUCGGUGAGAAAAAAAUCGUUGGCACUGAAAAGCGUUUCUCAUCAAAGGAUUUAUUUGAAUAUCUAAAAUCGCUGAUGAAAGAAGCUAUCCAACAUGAUAGUCGAUGCGAACCAUCUCACUACGGCUGGCUCAGAUCCAGGACCCUGAACGAAGCACCUGCGGACCACUACUUGGACGACCUUAGACCUAUCGUCAGUAAGAUGUCACCAGAAAGUUGCGCCGCCAUAGCUGUUAAACUUGACAGCUUAACAAGCGAACGCGGUUACACUACACCUGACCUGCUCACUCUUAUAAAGAGUCUGUUGCACGAAAGAGACAGCAUGCAAAACAUUGACAGAACCGUCAGAGCAGCCAAAGAGGUUAGAUUGGGAAAGAUAAUGAAUAAGGUACAUCCAGAGUUGAAGGGUAGACAAGCCACCGUGUCUUUUAUAGUGGAAAGUAAAAUGUAAUGAAUUAAAUAGGUUAUCUAAUUUCAGUUUUAUUUUUAAAAAUGGAAAGUAAGAUGUAA